AUGGUAUCCUACGACACUUGGCCGAAGAUAGACCCGCGAAUACUGCUCUAUCUGAUGAUGGUGGUGCUGUUCCUCGACCACAUUUGGGAAAUAAUAUUGGCCAAGCGACAGCAACUGACCUGCCUGAAUGCCAUCAUGGUGCCGGACCCGUUAAGAGAUAUUAUACCGCCGGAGAUCUUUCAUCGCGCCCGCGUCUAUGAAUUGCACAAAAUGGAGCUCUUUAUAUGGAAAAAUAUCAUCGAUUUGAUCGUUAGCCUAUUGGAAUUAUAUUUUGGCUUCUAUCCAUUUGUCUGGGGGCUGGCCGCUAGCACGUUGGCCCCCCUAACAGGCCGAGAGCUGUGGAUUAGCCUUAUCUUUGUAUUCUACCUAACUAUAUAUAUAUCGCUGCGCUGCCUGCCCGUCCUGAUAUACGAUAAGUGCAUCUUGGAGCUGAGAUAUGGAACGCAACGACGGUUUCCUUGCUAUAUGUACCUGUUAAUCGGCGUAGUGUGCAUUAUCCUAGCUCAGAUAAUCCUGGCCCCGCUCACCCUUUUGAUUGUGUUCAGUGUCCAGAUCAUGGGAUUCUUUUUCUUUCUGUAUUUCUGGCUGAUGUGGGCCGGCUUUACCUUGUUCCUCGUCUUCUUUCUGCCCUAUCUGUGUGUGCCUUGCAUUGGUGUCCAGCGUCGAUUGCCGCCCGGGAGCCCCCUCUAUGCGGAUGUUCAGGUCGUUUGCGAUCAGACGGGAUUCCCCAUGAAUCGGGUGUUCAUCAUUCGGACCAAGUCCAUGCAGUACAGCAAUGCCUACUUCUACGGCAGCUGCUGCCUGAAGCGCAUCGUCAUCUUCGAUACGUUGCUCCUCAACAAGGGACAGCCGGUCACGCAGCUGCAGCCGUAUGAGAUUGGACGUGGGCUGACCAAUCCCCAGGUGGUCGCCGUAGUUGCACACGAGCUGGGCCACUGGAAGAGCGGACACUUCUACAAGGCCACAUUCAUCAUGAAACUGCAUUUCCUUCUGACGAUGGUCCUCUUUGGCUUGUUCUUUCACUGCCCGUACCUGUAUGAGGCGGUUGGCUUUGCCCCGGGUGUCUGGCCAAUUAUUGUCGGCUUUUUGAUCGUGCUGCGAUUUGCACUGACGCCAUAUCUGACGCUGGCCAACUUCCUGAUGCUGUGGAAUCUACGACGCUUCGAAUAUGCCGCAGAUCGAUUCGCCCAUCGACUAGGCUACUCUCUGCUGCUGCGCUCGGCGCUCAUGAAAAUCUAUGCCGACCACAUGAGCUUCCCGGUCUACGAUACCUGCUAUGCUCGCUGGCAUCAUACGCAUCCAACCAUAUUGCAGCGAUUGGCCUAUCAGCAAAAACUGGAUGAGGAGGCCUACUUUAGGGCGUAGUUGAUCCGUCUCUGUAUAAA